UUGGUUUCAUUAUAUUGAUUUUUAUAUUUCAGUAAAUGGAAAUUUUUCCCAGGUACAAGACGUUUUAAUUUACACUCGAAUUUAUUUAUAAAAGUAAAGUUAAUUAAUUGUUUGAUAAAUUGUAAUAACAAUAAUUGUUUAACUGAGUUAAAAAAAAAUGAAUUUUAUGGAUUCAAAUAACGCGGUAAAAAUAACCGGGGAAUCUACAAAAAAUCGAAAAGUUAUGAUUGAUCGUAGUACUUCCAGUGGUUUCAUAAAAUUGAAUAAAUCGAAUGUAGAAAUAUCUGAUCAAGUUAAAUCGGAGAGCAAAGAUAGUAAACAUGAAAAUUUGAAGAGUAAAUUUAUUCCACUGAGCAUAAAUGAUCGUGAUAUGCCAGAUUUUUUGGAAGCAAAUUAUGAAGAAUCAGAUAUUAUGAGUAAUAAAAAAUUUAUUAUUUGUUCUAGAAGUACACAAACUGAAAAUACCGAUGAGAUACAUCCAACAAAUAUACUACGUACAAGUGAAUUUAAUCAUCCAGCAAUCAUAAUAAACUCAUCAGCAACUCGUCGAUUAAAUACUCCAAAUACGGACAAUAAUUAUACAAGUCAUGAAUUAUUGUUGACGAAAUCUCAAUUGUAUAAUGUAAAUCGUAAAUAUCAUAAAUUAAAAAAAUGUUUUCAUAAAUUGUACUCGGAAUACCAGAAAGUACGUGACAUCGCAAGUGUAUUUACCGAAUCAAUUGAGAAAUCUGUACACGGUGAACCUGUUGAUUUACGUGUAACACUUCAAAGUUGUCGACAAAUCUAUCCAGAUGCUUUUGAUUACAAUUUUUCUUCUGAACAUAUACAAUCUGAGCAAGAUGAUGAUUAUUUUAAUUCAAGCAAUACAAAAUCAAUGCUGAGUACUGUACCAUUAUUAUCGAAGUAUUUAAAUUAUAACAAAAUUAAAUUACAUCUUAUUAAUGCAAAUAUUAAGCUAAAAUUAUUAGUUUUACAAGCAUUACGUUGGAAAAUAACAUUGAGUCAGCCAGUAGAACGUAAUGAAACAAUAAUGGAGUACAUAAAAAAUGAUUUAUUGGAUUUACAUAAAAAUCAAGAUGGAUCUAAUGAUAACAGUGGAAAAUCAUCAAUUUUGCCGUAUUUAUUGAUACCUUUAGAUGUAGUAGAGCCACAUCCUUUACAACAAUCAGCAGCACGUUUAUUAAAUACAUUUGCUUCUUUUAAAUCCGGCAGGAAUUAUUUGGCUAAUGGUCCAAUUAUUCUAAAUGUGAUAGUACAGUGUUUAGAUAGCAAAAAUGCUGAAUCAAUAGACGCUUUUACCUGUGACAUGAUAAUCGCAACACUACAAAAACUUUCUUUACGAAGAAAUCAGAGAUUAUACAUGAUCGCAGCUGGUCUUGUAGAAUGGUUGAUUCAUCAUUUGAAAGCCGAGUGUCAUACAAUGGGCACGUACAGAUUAGAAUAUGCAACAGCACUUUUAAUGAAUUUAUCACUACAGAAAGAGGCACAAGUGCGUGCUGCUGCGAUGCCAACGAUCCUCAUAUCAACAUUAAUAAUUCUACUGUCAUUAGAACACUUGCCUGCUUUACCGUAUGUUAAUGGAUCCCUGAAUAAUUUUAUUGCUAAUAGUGCUAUUAAUAAAGAAGCUAAAAUCAUUGGAUUGGGAUCUAUUUUAGAGUAUCAUCGACGAUAUAGAACUGGUGAAUUAAGAAAACAUCUCGAUCACAUUUUAUUGAGACAUAGGCGCCCGAAUAAUGAAAUAAUUGAAGAAGUUAUCCAUGAUGAUGAUGAUCGUGAAGAAUAUGAUAAUCUAGAUGAUGAAUUAGAUGAAAUGGAUCCAGUCAAAGUCAAUCCUGGUGAUUUAUUCGGUGAAACGCUAUUAGCUACUUGUUACUCAUUACCUCCGGACAUGUUUCCGGGUGAUAAAUCUCACGAUGUCAAAAUAACGGAUGAAUCAAUUAAUGAUAUAAAUUUACAGAACGGUGAAUCCUACUGCAAAUCUCCGAGAUUAACGCCGAUAAAUUAUAAAUUGAUGAUUAACCCAAUAAAAUUAGUAGAAAUAAAAGAAAAUAGUAAAAGUAAUGAAGAAUUAAUUGAUAGUAAGAAAUUAAAAGUUAAUUGUUCAGUUUCUACACUGAAUGUUUAUGAUAAUAACUUAUUAAGUGAAGAAACAAUUCUAACAGACCUUAAUUUAUCUUCAUUAAGUGAAACAAUUGAUAAUUGUGAUGAAUUUACAACCAGUAAAUCAUGUAAUUUAAUAUCUACGUCAUCAUUAAAUGUUUUUGAUGAUGAGAAAGUUAAUUUACCGUUUGAUACAUCAAAUAUGAAUUCGUCUAUAACUAAUUUUGAAGAAAGUACUUUAUCUAGUUAUAAAAAAGAAAUUACAGAUGAAACUUUAACUGCAAUUCAAGACCCAGAAAUCAUUGACGAUGAAUUGAGUACUAUCACAUCAUUUGUUAGUGAACCACAAGAAAUAUUUAAUGAAGUAACCAAUGAGAAAGAAGAAGAAGAUGAAGCAUUUAUAUCAAAACCAAAAAUAUUUCGAACACCACCACAAAGUGCAUCAUCGCUUUCAGUUAAAUCAGAUUCUAAUAAUAUAAAAAAAUAAAUAAUAUAAUACAGUAAUUAAAUUAUAAAUAGAUUUAUUAAUAAGUAACAGAGUACAAAAUAAAAAAAACACUAAGACAGCACACAAAAUAAAUAUAAAUAUAAUUAAGUAUAAAUUUAAGCAAUAAAUAAAUAAAUUAAACAAUAGUAUGUUUUUUUUUUUAUUUAAA